GGGGUUAAAACGUGUCCUCACUCGACUUCCGUGGUUUAUUUUGAAAGAGUCCGCAGCAGUAAACGCCGCGUUUCGAAGCUCGCAGAGUGAAAAGUGUUGCAGUGACGAUGUCGGCAUCCGCAGAAAGAGACACUUUGUGCUUUUUUGUCAACGGGAAAAAGGUAACCGAGGAGCGUGCGGACCCUGAGACAACACUGUUGUACUUCCUGAGACAGAAGUUGCGGUUAACCGGAACCAAGUAUGGCUGCGGCGGAGGAGGCUGCGGUGCGUGUACGGUGAUGGUGUCACGCUAUCGACCUUCCAACAAGACCAUUGUUCAUUACUCGGCCAACGCCUGUCUGCUGCCACUUUGCCAGCUUCACGGAGCCGCCAUCACCACCGUGGAGGGUAUUGGGAGUACCAAGACCAGUAUCCACCCUGUCCAGGAGCGAAUAGCAAAGGCGCAUGGCUCCCAGUGCGGCUUUUGCACGCCAGGCAUGGUGAUGUCGAUGUACGCUCUCCUGCGGAACAAUCCUCACCCCAGCCUGGACGACAUCACUGAGGCGCUCGCUGGGAAUCUGUGUCGCUGUACAGGAUAUCGGCCCAUUGUUGACGGCUGCAGGACCUUCUGUCAGCAGGAGGUCAACUGCUGUCAGAUAUCUGGAGGAAAAGACUGUGGCGGCAAGAAAGAAAAAACUGAUGAAACACCAUUGCUGUUUAACAAGUUGGACUUCCUGCCACUUGACCCGACACAAGAGCUGAUCUUCCCUCCUGAACUGAUCCUGAUGGCAGAGACCAACAGGCCACAGAUGCUCACCUUCCAUGGGGAGAGGAUGACCUGGGUGUCCCCUGUCCUGCUGGAGGAGCUGGUCCAGCUAAAGACCAGCAACCCGAAGGCUCCGCUGAUCAUGGGGAACACUAACAUAGGUCCGGACAUUAAGUUCAAGGGCGUUGUGCAUCCAUUGGUGAUAUCUUCCAUCCGAGUGCUGGAGCUGUUCGAGGUGACCGAGACACCAAACGGUGUUUGGGUGGGAGCGGGUAAUACCCUCUCUGACACCAGGGUUAUUUUGAAGAAGUUGUGCUCCCAGUUUCCAGAGGAGAAGACAGAGCUGUUCAGAGCGCUCAUCCACCAGCUGUGGAAUUUGGGGAGCAAGCAGAUCCGCAAUGUUGCCACUCUUGGAGGACACAUUAUGAGUGCAUAUCCAAACUCAGACCUGAACCCAGUUCUAGCUGCCGGGAACUGCAGUGUGAGCGCCAUUUGCAGUGAUGGAAGGCGAGAGGUUCCGCUCAACCAGGACUUCUUUGUGAGCUUUGGGAAAACCAUCUUGAAGCCAGAGGAGAUUGUUGUCGCUGUGCUGAUCCCUUUUUCCAGAAAGGGGGAGUUUGUCCGAGCCUUUCGUCAGGCUCCAAGAAAGGAGAGCGCAUUUGCCACAGUAACCACAGGGAUGCGAGUCAUGUUCUCAGAAGGAUCCAGAGUAGUAGAAGAUGUCAGCAUUUACUACGGAGGCGUAUGCGCGACCACAGCCAGCGCCGCCAAAACGUGUGCUGCUGUCAUUGCACGGCCGUGGAAUGAUGAAACCCUCAGCCACGCCUACGAUGUCCUCAUGAAAGAAUUUGACAGCCUGCCUUCAAAAGCAGAGUUCCGUCGCUGUCUGACUCUCAGUUUCCUCUUCAAGUUCAGCCUGGAGGUUUUUCAGAAGCUUAGCGAGAUGAGUGUGAUUGAAGACAAGGUCAUGGAGAAGAUUGAGCCACUGCCUAGGGAGAUCCAGCUGAGCCAACAGGAGUUCCAGUGUGUCUCUGAUGCCCAGAGUGACCACAACCCAGUGGGUCGUCCCAUCAUGCAUCUCUCCGCCAUCAGCCAGGCCACAGGAGAGGCAGUUUACUGUGAUGACCUCCCGACAAUUGAUGGCGAACUUUUCCUGGCUCUGGUCACCAGCUCACGAGCACAUGCAAAGAUCACAAGCGUGGACGUGAGCAGUGCCCUGCGACUUCCUGGUGUUGUUGACGUCAUCACGGCCAAAGAUAUUCCCGGGAAGAAAACCCGCUCCUUUGAUGGUUAUGAUGAAGAUGUGCUUGCUCAGACACAGGUGACAUGCAUUGGUCAGAUAGUGUGUGCUGUCUUGGCGGACUCCAGGACCCAUGCCAAAAGAGGCGCGUCAGCAGUUAAGAUCAGCUAUGAAGACUUGCCAGACCCCAUUUUUACUGUUGAGGAUGCCAUUAAGCAGUCAUCCUACUUUGAGCCAUGGAGGAAACUUGAGAGAGGAAAUGUGACAGAGGCCUUCAAAAGUGUCGAUUUCGUUCAUGAAGGAGAGAUUCGUAUUGGCGGCCAGGAACAUUUCUACAUGGAGACCCAGAGCAUGCUGGUCGUACCCGUGGGCGAGGAGAGCGAGUUUAAAAUUUAUGUUGCUUCUCAGUGGCCGACAUUACUUCAGAUGGCCGUUGCGGAAACUUUGGCCAUUCCGUCCAACCGAGUCAGCUGUCACGUCAAAAGACUGGGCGGGGCAUUUGGAGGGAAGGUCUUUAAAACUAACAUACUGGCUUGUAUCGCAUCUGUGGCUGCAUGGAAGAGUAACUGUGCAGUCCGCUGUGUUUUGGAACGAGGUGAAGACAUGCUGAUCACUGGCGGACGCCAUCCUGUGCUGGGAAAAUACAAGGUUGGCUUCCAGAAAGAUGGUAGGAUCCUGGCGGCGGAUUUACAGAUCUACACCAAUGCCGGCAAUGUAGUAGAUAAAUCCAUUGUUGUAGCGGAGAAGAUGGUACUUCACCUGGACAAUGCUUACAACAUUCCCAAUCUGCGUGGUCAAGUCGCUACCUGCAGAACCAACCUCCCCUCCAACACAUCCUUCAGAGGCUUCGGGGUGCCUCAGGCUGCUUGUGUUGUGGAGAACAUGAUCCGCGAUGUGGGGCUGGUGCUACAGUUCCCUGCAGAUCAGAUUCAAGAGAUCAAUAUGUACAGAGGGCCAUCACUCACCCACUACAAGAUGGAGUUCAGCCCGGAGAAUUUACUGCGCUGCUGGGACGAAUGUAAAGUCAAGUCGGACUAUCAUGGCCGCUGCAUUGCUGUGGAAAAAUUUAACCAUCAGAACCGCUGGAAGAAGAGAGGAAUAGCCGUCACCCCCGUCAAAUAUGGCAUCGGCUUUCCAGAAGGCUUCAUGAAUCAAGCUGCCGCUCUGGUAAACAUCUAUGAAGAUGGAUCAGUUCUGGUGACUCAUGCCGGGACAGAGAUGGGUCAAGGAGUCCACACCAAAAUGCAGCAGGUGGCGAGCCAGGAGCUUCAUGUGCCACCUUCAAAGGUCUACAUCAGCGAAACCUGCACCGACACUGUUCCUAACACCUUCCCCUCCGCCGCCUCCUUUGGCACAGAUGCCAACGGCAUGGCCGUAAAGAACGCUUGCCAGACUCUUUACCAGCGAUUGGAGCCAAUUCGCCUGAAGAACCCCAAAGGAACAUGGGAAAAUUGGGUCAGUGAAGCCAUUAUGGAGAAGAUCAGCUUAUCUGCCACUGGAUUCUACAGGGGCGCCGACACUCACAUGAACUGGGAAAAAAUGGAGGGCCAUCCUUACCCUUACUUCACAUUCGGGGUCAGCUGUAGUGAGGUGGAACUGGAUUGCCUCACCGGUGACUACAGGACGGUGAGGACAGACAUUGUGGUCGACAAUGGCCAAAGUUUGAACCCAUCGGUGGACAUUGGCCAGAUUGAAGGCGCCUUCAUGCAGGGUUUGGGUCUGUACACACUGGAGGAGUUGAAAUUUUCUCCCUCUGGGCUUCUGUACACCCGAGGUCCAUCCCAGUAUCAGAUACCCGCUGUGUGCGACAUGCCACUCAGCUUCAAUGUCUAUCUCCUCUCGGACUCCCACAAUCCCCAUGCCAUCUACUCCUCUAAGGGCAUCGGGGAACCCGCAGUCUUCUUGGGCAGUUCCGUGUUCUUCGCCAUCAAGGAUGCUGUUGCAGCAGCACGCAAAGAGGUCGGCCUCACGGGUUGUUUUUCUCUGGACAGCCCCGCUACUGCAGAGAGAAUUUGCCUGGCGUGCGCAUCCCCCUUCACCCAGAAGGUGUGAUGCCGUCUUUUUAUUCAAAUGAAAUACAAUAAUCCCUAGUCUAUCGCGGUUCAUUGAUUCCAGACCUGACUCUGAUAAGUGAAUUUCCUGCAAAAUAGGAUUUAUAUAUCAAAUAUAAAUCAGAUAUAAAUCAAAUAUUUUCGUAGUUAGAGCAUAGAAAACAUGUUCACAACCAAGUUUUUUUAAAACAUUGUUCGAGCCUCUAGGCAUGAAAUAACACGUCUAUCGUCACCUCUAGUUUUUGCUUGGCGUGGGUUACGGCCACAACAGUAGCCCGUGUUAGGGAUUAUUGUGCCUUUUGUGAGAUCAUUCCAACCUGCAAUUGGUUCCGGCUAUCAAGUCUGCUUGUGUGUCUCACCCAACAUUACUGUAUUAUUACUGACACCUAGUGACCAGUGUAGAAUACUACAUGUUAUCACGUCUUUCACUGCGACUUCUGAAUGCUUUAUAUUUGCAUUUUACUUCAUUUAGCCAUUUUUAUGCUUGAAAAUGCUUCUAGGCAAAAAAAAAGACCUAAAAUGUGCUUACUUAUUAAUUAAUAAUAAUAACAGGCCAUAUUCAACCACGAAACAGAAUGAUUUACAAAUAUAGUCUUUAAAAAAUGUGAUAGCGCAAAGCUGCUAAGUACGAAGUGGCAAGGGAUUACUGUAGUUGUCUUUAACAACAAAUGACUGAUGAAGGCAGCAAAAUGGUAUCAAAACCAGUUGAAAUCAAGAAUUAAAGGAAUAAAGAACAAUAUCGUGGAAAUGUACUCCUUUAUCUUAAAAAUCAUGAUCCAUUGUGAGUACUGUUGUAUGUGAAAUGAUUGUUAUGAAUUCUUGUAAAAAUUUGUUUUUUGGUUUGAUUUGCACAACCGAGAGAGAAAAACAGGACCUGUCCAACCCUGGGCCCUAAACAUUUAAAACUCCCAAAUUAGUGUUACUAGUAACACGUGCUGAUUACAAAACUUGUUUUUUUUUUAAUGUGUGCUCUUGGAACGCUGUACUAUUAUCCUCAAAAUCAAUAAAACACAAGAAAUAAA